CAGUCAAGAUGGCAGCGAUGGCGGCUGGAGAUGAGCAUGCUUCCUCUGAAAUAUUGAGAGGACUCGCCAGACAUUUAAAUUGUCUAAACGAAGACAAUAAGUCGACAAGGAAGAGGGCUCUGGAGCUGAUAAAGAGGGAGACAGUAGAUAAAGGACUUUCCAGCAGCGUGUUACAGGAGCUUUUCUCUGCCCUACUCAAGCCUCUCCUUAAAUGCCUGUCAGACCCGAUGGAAAGAUGCAGAGAAACCGCACUAACAAUGACAACAGAGUUUAUUCGUUGUGUCCCUAAACCGGAGGAGUCGCUGCCUUAUCUAAUGCCCUGUCUGGCUCAGAGGCUCGGGGAGAAGGAGACCCUGGAGCCGGCGGAAGAACUCCGGCUGUUGGCCGUGGAGAUGUUGACUCUGACGGUGGAGGUGUGCGGGAAGCAUUUAGCCCCAUAUCUCACAGACAUGAUCAACAUACUGCAGAGAACCAUCGUCGACCCGUUCCCAGAUGUCAGGAGAGAAAGUUGCAAAUGCACCAUAAACGUGGCAAAGUCUCUGCCAGAGCACUUUCACAUGCAGGCUGAGAGCCUCAUGAAGCCUCUCAUGCAGACGAUUGCUCAUCAACACUCACGGGUACGAGUCUCAGUCGUCGAAGCCACCGGGGCUGUCAUUCAGCACAGCAACGGGAAAAACGUGGAUGACGUGCUCUCUCACCUGGCUCAGAGACUGUUUGAUGACUCGCCACAGGUGAGAAGAGCUGUGACUGUGGUCGUUGGUGAUUGGCUACUUCAAAUGAAAGACAGAUACUCUUAUUUCCACAAACUCGUCCCACUCUUGCUGACCUGUAUUAGUGAUGAGAUCCCAGAAAUAAGCUGUCUAGCUGCUGAUUUAUGGAAGCAGGUAGGCGCCCAGUGGGAGAAGGAGAAUGAAGACGAUAUCAAGGACAAGUUAGACUUUCUUCUCACCCAACCUCCAUUCUAUCCACAAGGAGUGGAGCGUCCAGGGCUUGGCUGCAGAGAGCUGGUGGUGAGACACCUGGGUCGGCUGGUGCCGGCCAUUAGCAACGACAUAACGGACUGGCUGGUGCCCACGCGGGUCAGGACCUCUCAGCUGCUCUCCGUGCUGCUGCUCCACGCCGAGGACCACAGCAUCCAGCAUCUGCAGCCCCUCCUGGCCAUCCUCUACCGCGCCAGCACCGACGCGGAGAGGGACGUGGUCAGCAAUAGCCUGGCAGCUGCUAAACUGUUGGGGACCUUUGUCCCUCCUGCCGUCUUCCUCAAGCUGCUGUUGGAUCAUGUGACAAACCUCUCCUCUUCCUCUCACCCCUGGGCCCCCCUCAUGGUGCUGGCUGCGGUGCUGGGAGGCUGCUCCAAACCCCUCCUUAAACCACAUCUCCAAGAGAUUGCCAACAAACUGGCCCAGCCCGACGUCUGCCAGGAAUAUCAACAGGUUGUGUACUUGGAGCAGUUGUUGGCCUGUGUGGAUGCACUGCUGUGUCAGAGCGAGUCAGACUGCAGUGCAGUGAGCCUGCAGCUGCUGCAGGUGCUGGUCACUGUCCAGAGCCUCUGUCCAGAGCCACAUCUCAGCGAAAAGGCGUUGGAGAGUGUGCAGUGUUUGUGUAAGGUGCAGGGUCUGGACUCAGUGAAGGAUCUCUAUAGACAACAUAUGGGCCAGCUGCUGGACUGGCUGUCGGCCUCUGUCAACACCUGGUCCAGUUACUCCCCGCAGAGACUCCAACUGCAUAUCAUAGUCAUACAAUCAGGUCCAGUGAUUGGGGAGUUUGUGAGCCAGUUGAUGCCUCUGCUGUGCUGCUGCCUUCAACCAGACAGAGACAUAGAGAUGAGGAUGACCAUCUUCACAAUGCUUGCUAAGUUGCUACUAGAUGCAACUAACACACUGGAUUCCCAGGGGCAUUUCCGUGACGAGUCAGAGAAGUUCCUGUGUGACGUCUUGCUUCCUAACCUGGUGUGGCGGGCAGGCCGUUCUGCAGCUGCCGUCCGCACCUCUGCCCUAAGCUGUCUGCUGGCCCUGCUGCAUGGAGGGGCCAUCACACCUGGACAGCUGCUGUGUCUGGAGGAGAAGGUGAGUCCCCAGGUGUUGUCGGCCCUGGAGGAGGACUCUCAGAUGGCCCGGCUGCUGGCCUGUCGCUCCCUGUCCAUCAUACUCCGACUUAUAGGAGCCAGUCUGCACCCUGAGGCCCUCAACAAGAUCUACCCCGUGCUGCUGAAGCGUCUGGACGACAGCAGUGAGGAGGUGCGCAGCGUGGCCCUGCAGGCCCUCGGGCUGUGGCUCUCCAGCCUGACCAAAGACUACCCCCCCGAGCUCUAUGCUGCUCAUCUGCAGCUCCUCUUCCAGCAGCUCCUCCUGUACCUCGAUGACCCGGACGACUCGGUGCAGGGCCAAGUGCUCGAGAUCCUGAAGAAAGGUAGCUCAGUCCAUCCGUCACUUCUGCAAAGGGAGGCGGAGGCGGUGAGAGACAAGCAGCGGAGUCCUCUCUACUGCGACCAGCUGCUUCAGCACAUCAGCUCUCUGCCAGCAGGGGCAGGAGCAGAUUAAUGUGCCUUACUUCAAAAAAUGUUCUCUCCUCACAUUUUGAACCAUUUAUGAACCUAUAACAACAUGCUGGAAAUAAUAUGAUGGUGCAUUUUUUUUCUUAAGGACUUGUUACCCUUAACAUUUACUAAUGUGUAUUGGCCUUAAAUGUAUCAUUCCUCAUGGGGUGAGUAGGUGAUCUCUGGUUUGUCUUUUAAUUCAGAAUGUCUCCUUCUCAAUUUGUUAAAGAAGAGUUGUUUUGCUUUCAUUCUUCUUCUUGAGUCUGUUCCUAUGUACAGUUUUAAGGAAGACAACCCCAGUGUGUUUAAAUGUUUUAUUAAUGUACUGAUGAGUCUUCUUUGUGCCUUCCUGCACCCAAACUCUCAGCAAGUUGUGAUUGUUGUCUUUAAAAUAAAUAAAUGAAAUUAUA